AUAUUCAGAAAAGACAUAGGAAAGAAUUUUCUGAUUGGUUAAGAUUUGAUGUUGAUAAAUCACUUCUUGAUGGUACUACGUUACCAGAUGAAAUUAUUAUACAUGCACAACGCCCUUAUUAUGAAGUGAGACGUUAUAAUGAGCAUUUGGUCAAUGGAUAUAAAUUUCGAACGCUAGAGACUGAUGAUAGGAGGGUAACUCAGAACAGUGGGGUCAUGGGCUUGUUUGCUCAAGAAUGUUUUUCAAGUACAAGAGAUCAGAACCCAAUUCUAGCUGACAUACUAUAUUAUGGCCAAUUAGAAGAUAUUGUUGAGGUAAUUUACGGGUUUGGUAAACCAAAACAAUGUACUUACACGAUGUUCAAGGUUCGGUGGUGUCCUGCAAAAAAGCAAAAGGAUCAUUAUGGAUUUACACUUGUCAAUCUCCAUCGAGAAGUAUAUACGGAUGAGAAAUUCAUUUUUGCAGAACAAGCUGAUCAGUGCUUCUUCGUGAGAGAUCCGAAUGUCAUAUCUGAUUGGGUGGUUUUGUACAAGGAGCCAAGAUCUGUUGUUCUACCUAAUAACAAUGAAAAAAAUAUUGAAGAAAGUGAAUAUAAUUAUAGUGAACCAAUUGGUUCAUCUGAUGAUGUUUGGCAAGAAUUCUCUUACGCACAGAAUGUGGCGUUGGAUGUAGGUAUGUAAUAUAUAUGUUACACUGC